CUGCGUGCGUGCGUGCGUGCGUGCCGUGCGCUCGCUGGGCACCGCGGCUUUGCCCUCGCCCUCCGCCCCUGCGCCUGCACCGCGUAGGCCGCCCCCCGGCGCGCACCCCUUAGGCGACCCCCGCCCGCGCCCCGGCUGGCCCCCCCAUUCCAAAUUUAAAGGGGGCGCAGCAUUCACGCCUCCCGGCCCAGGUGACCUCUCAGGGGUCUCCCCGCCGAAGGUGUUCCGCCGCCGAGGAACAUGGCGAAGGUGGAGCAGGUCCUGAGCCUCGAGCCGCAACACGAGCUCAAAUUCCGAGGUCCCUUCACCGACGUUGUCACCACCAACCUAAAGCUUGGCAACCCGACAGACCGAAAUGUGUGUUUUAAAGUGAAGACCACGGCACCACGUAGGUACUGCGUGAGGCCCAACAGUGGGAUCAUUGAUGCAGGGGCCUCUAUUAAUGUAUCUGUGAUGUUACAGCCUUUCGAUUAUGAUCCCAAUGAGAAAAGUAAACACAAGUUUAUGGUUCAGUCUAUGUUUGCUCCAACUGACACUUCUGAUAUGGAAGCAGUAUGGAAGGAGGCAAAACCGGAAGACCUUAUGGAUUCAAAACUUAGAUGUGUGUUUGAAUUGCCAGCAGAAAAUGAUAAACCACAUGAUGUAGAAAUAAAUAAAAUUGUAUCCACAACUGCAUCAAAGACAGAAACACCAACAGUGUCUAAAGCUCUGAGUUCUUCUUUGGAUGACACUGAAGUUAAGAAGGUGAUGGAAGAAUGUAAGCGGCUGCAGAGUGAAGUUCAGAGGCUGCGGGAAGAGAACAAGCAGUUCAAGGAAGAAGAUGGACUUCGGAUGAGGAAGGCAGCGCAGAGCAACAGCCCCGUUCCCGUGUUAGCUGCGGCUGGGAAGGAGGAGGGCCUCAGCACCCGGCUACUCGCGCUGGUGGUUUUGUUCUUUAUCGUCGGUGUAAUCAUAGGGAAGGUCGCCUUGUAGAGGCAGCAGGCAAAGGAUGGUAAAUUGGAUUGAUGGCUCCGCCAUAUCAUGGGAUUUAAAUGUAUCAUAACCGCGUGUAAAAAGAAGUUAAUGUAUGAUGACAUCUCACAGGUCUUGCCUUUAAAUUACCCCUCCCUGCGCGUGUGUGCUGCCGCACGCGUGCACACACACACAUAGAACAUAAAAUAACAAUCUUUUAGAAAGUUUAACACGUAUAGUAAAUGAUCGGGGGAAAAGAAUGAUCCUUAUUAAUGACAAGGGAAACCAUGAUUAAAUGAGACUGGCAUGUUGUACAUGUCAUUUUAAACACUUGUAGCCUUGGUCCAUGUUGCUAGUCACCUCUCUUCCAACACGACACUCUUCCUUGCCUGUUGGUGCUGGCGCUCGGGGAGCUGGAGCCCAGCGCGGUGGAGAGCGCAUCCCCCCCCAGGGCGUCCUCCCCGCACUGCUCGCUCCCUCCGGGCUGCUCCUCCAUGUCUGCCCCUGCCAGGGACUGAUGGACAGAGUCUGAGGCCGAGAAGAACGGCGCUGUGGCAGCAUCAGCUAUGCUGGGAGGUGUAUGUUGCCCGAGUGACCCAAUACUCUGGAAAUAGAAGUCAGUGAAGGCUUUGUUCUCUUAAAGGGACCAAGCUAGAUAACCAUUGGUUCAUGUCAUGAGAUUGAAUUGUUAUUCAGAGAUGUUUAAUGCAUAUUUAACUUAUUUAAUGUAUUUCAUCUCAUGUUUUCUUGUCACAAGAUUAUAAUUAACUCUGUGGCCUAAAAUCACCUGUGCUACCUAACUCUGCUGGGUGAAGCUGGCAAUUGCUGCUGGAGGUUCUGGGCCGUACACACACAUUGGAACGUUGGAAAACAGCUGCCGAGAAGUGGUUUUCUGUGCAAAUAAAUAACGACUCUCAUAGGGAGGGAAGUGCUUAGUAGUGGCAGUCAACUCUAGGUUACGCUUUCUGUGGGGAAGGGUAGCCGAUCUCUGUACUGUUCUUUCUUUCUCCACUCCUCAGCCACCACUCACGCUUCAGCACACGUGCCCCAGUGUGGCCCUGACCUUCCCCGUGUGGCCCUAGCUGGGGAUCAGGGCAUGUGAGUCAGGCAGCAGAGGGGUGAGCAGAGAGGAAACCGGCUCGGUGGGGUUGGGAGGGGGUGGGAGAGAAACGUCAGAUAAUCCAUCAAGUAGUGACUGAGAGUUUGUGAAUUAAUUUUAUGCCAUAAAAGACCAAUCCAAUUCUGUUUGACUAUGUAGCAUCUUUAAAAGAAAAAAAAAUUAAAAUAAAGCCCCCAAAUUAAGAGUUCUUUUGUCAUUUUGUCACUUGUGCUAAAUGGCGGGGGGAGGGAGACAUUAUUUUUAUCAUUAUUAUUUUGUCAUUGGAAGGUUGAUUUUAAAAAUGAACCCUAUCGAUGAGAAAUAACAUGUUUACUGUACAUUCUGAGAACUCGCGGUAAAUGUUGAACAGACCUCGUUCUCCACCACACACCCAUGGCGUGAAGCUAUGGAAGGCCGGCUGCCCGGUUAUAAAUUAGUCUCCAGUCUCUAUUCCGUGUGGACCCAGGUACUUAGGAAAAGGAGUGAGAAGACUGAGCUGGGAAGCAUGUGCUUCCUGCUGUUUUCUCCAAGUGGAGUAAAACCUAUCUGAGUGUAGGAGUUGCAACGAAUUACUCUUCAUGUGGCUUCUAAUACCUCAUGACCUUGAAAGGAGAGUGAUUGGGGGGGGGUGCCUCAAAUAGUGCCUGGGGGUGCAGUACAGUCCCAUUCCUCUAGAGCAGGAGUUGGUAAACAUUUUCUUAAAGGGUGUUGCCGUGUGUGCCAUUAAAACUUUAUUCACAAGAACAGCUGCUGGGAUUUGGCCCGUGAGACUGGAGUUUGCUGGCGCCUGUAGUCGAGUGACCAAGUUCUCAAAAAGAGUACCUGGGACACUUGUGUUUUAGGUCUUUGGAAGUGACUAAGUGUUUCGUGUGCAUCUAGAAGGAAUUCAGCUUCUCCAAGGAUGGUGGCAUUGUGUGUGUGUAGCUAAAAAUCAAAAUCUAAAAUCCAAAGUUGUCUCUUAAAACUAAUGACCCUGUGAAACCUCUUUCUGCUUUAGGGGCCAGGACUUGGUGAGCAGCUGUUGAGCUUUUUGACUGAGUGGAAAAAGGGAACAUCUCCCCCCCACCCCAGGGAGAGGAGGAGGGUGGUGACGGGCAGAGUGGACACCAUGCCAGUGACCCUGGUCGGUGAAGUGUGUGUCAGGGAGGAGAACGUGUGUGGAGCAGGCACCGCUCUGGUUCAGGGACCAUUUUAAGAGCCACAGACACUCAAGAUCUCGAACCUGGAGAAGCACGCACUUUUUUUUUUUU